GCCUGUCCCUGCACUAUGUGUCUCCGUGCUCUGUUCUUGGUGUCGCUAGCAACCUGGGUGGUUUGGGGGCACCCAUCCUCACCACCUGUGGUGAACACUGUUCAUGGCAAAGUCCUGGGGAAGUAUGUCCGCUUAGAAGGAUUCACACAGCCUGUGGCCGUCUUCCUGGGAGUCCCCUUUGCCAAGCCUCCUCUUGGAUCCCUGAGGUUUGCUCCACCACAGCCUGCAGAGCCCUGGAGCUUCGUGAAGAAUGCCACCUCCUACCCUCCUAUGUGCUCCCAGGAUGCAGUGAGAGGGCAGAGGGUCAAUGACCUCCUAACCAACAGGAAGGAGAAAAUCCACCUCCAGUUUUCUGAGGACUGUCUCUACCUGAACAUGUACACUCCUGCCGACCUGUCAAGGAGCAGCAGGCUGCCGGUGAUGGUGUGGAUCCAUGGAGGAGGACUGGUAGCAGGUGGGGCAUCAACCUUUGAUGGACUAGUCCUUUCUGCACAUGAAAACGUGGUGGUGGUGACCAUUCAGUACCGCCUGGGCAUCUGGGGAUUCUUCAGCACAGGGGAUGAACAUGGCCGGGGAAACUGGGGUCAUUUGGACCAGGUGGCUGCACUGCGCUGGGUCCAGGACAACAUUGCCAAUUUUGGAGGGGACCCAGACUCUGUGACCAUCUUUGGCGAGUCAGCAGGAAGUUUCAGUGUCUCUGUUCUCGUGUUGUCUCCCUUGGCCAAGAACCUCUUCCACAGGGCCAUUUCUGAGAGUGGUGUGAUCUUCACUCCUGGUUUGCUUAUAACAGAUGCCAGAACAAUCACUAAGAAAUUUGCUGCUAUUGCUGGGUGCAAAACCACCACGUCUGCUGUCAUCGUUCACUGCCUGCGCCAGAAGACGGAGGACGAGCUCUUGGAGGUCAUGCAGAAAAUGAAUCUGUUCAAUUUACAAGGAGACUCCAAAGAGAGUGGUCUUUUGGUACUAGCUGUGCUUGAUGGAGUGCUGUUGCCAAAGGCCCCAGAAGAGAUCCUGGCUGAGAAGAGCUUCAACACUGUGCCCUACAUGGUGGGCGUCAACAAGCAGGAGUUUGGCUGGCUUCUGCCAACAAUGAUGGGAUUUCUACAAACUGAUGUAAAAUGGGACAAGAAGAUGGCCAUAGUAAUCCUGCAGAAAUUGUCUCUCCAUUUGGGCAUACAUGAGGAUGCAAUUCCAGUUGCCAUUGAGAAGUAUGUGAGAGGUAGCAAUGAGCCAGUCAAAAUCAGAGACGGAAUCCUGGAGCUCAUUGGUGAUGUCACAUUUUGCAUCCCAUCAGUGACUGUGGCCCGUGGUCACAGAGAUACUGGAGCUCCUACCUACAUGUAUGAGUUUCAGUACUAUCCAAGCUUCUCAUCACAUGCGAGACCCAAGAAUGUAGUCGGAGACCAUGGAGAUGAAGUCUACUCUGUCUUUGGUGCCCCGCUUUUAAGAGGGGGUACCUCUGAAGAGGAGAUCAAGCUCAGCAAGAUGAUGAUGAAAUUCUGGGCCAACUUUGCUCGAAAUGGGAACCCCAAUGGGGAGGGGCUGCCACAUUGGCCAAAGUAUGACCAGAAGGAAGGCUACCUGCAGAUUGGAGCCACCACCCAGCAAGCCCAGAGACUGAAAGGGGAGGAAGUGGCUUUCUGGACUGAGCACCUGGCUAAGAAACAACCCAAUUCAGAGCACAGUGAGCUGUGAAUAGCAGAGGCUAGCCUCAGAUCAGAGAAGCCAACAUAUGGUUCUUCCACUAAAGGUGUGUGUAAAUCAAAGAUGGAUCUGGGAGGAUCCUGGAAAAUUUUAUCAUCGGGAUGAGUAGAGGCCAGGG